GACCGCUAUUGAGGCUGCAUAGGGCUGCGUAGAUGACUUUAGUAUCUCACUUUCAAAAGUCGGGUGUAUUUUGACUGGGCGAAGAAAUAUGAUUCGUAUAGUUUGGCCAGUUUUAUUAUUAUUGCUGAUUUCAAUUACUGCAGAUGUCAACGCUAAGAAAUCGAGGCAUCACAGACUUCAAGAAAUCCAUGGCAGUAACACUCAGGUGUCGGUGACUGACGACGGUAUUCUACCAUUGCCGACAGUCAAACCGGGCGACGAAUAUCUGCAGGAAUCAGAGGGAGACGUAGAAGACGAUGGCGACGACGACGACGAUGAACCCGACGAUGAUGACGGCGACGAAAGCGACGAAGAGGGUGAGGAGUCGGCAGAAGUAUUGGAAAAGCAAAACCCGUGUCUCGUGCACUACUGCGGAAGGGGCGAAGAGUGCGCAGCCUUGGGCGGCGUGGCCCGGUGCAUAUGCGUGCGGAAAUGCGGUCCGGCCAAGCGCAGGGUGUGCGGUACGGACGGACGUCUGUACGACAAUAGAUGUGAACUGCACAAGUCCGGCUGUUUGUCCGGAGUCGACAUACAGAUAGACCAUUCGUUGAAGUGUUUCAUACCUUCAGCGUCCAAAGUGAAGAAUGUUCGAAUUCUACCGAAAACCGCAGACAACGCAAUUGAACCGGAAACCAAAUCGAAAGAAGCGAAAACGUGCGGUUCCCCGCAAUACGAAAUUAUGAAGGAUAAUUUGUUGCUGAUAAAUCACGCCAAACUCAUGUAUCAAAAAAGUUGGAACGGUGGCAAGGAAUAUAUGGUUAGUGCGUUGUUCCGUUACUUGGAUUUGGACGGCGACGGAUUUUUGCAACGCGAAGAACUACAAAAGAUAACUAAACAGGAUAAGCUCGAUGAUAUAUCUGACGUUUGUGUCAUGUCAGACAUGAUUCGCUUUGAAGACAUGGAUAAAGAUGGACGUCUAGGUUUGAACGAAUUCUACGCAGCUUUCAGUAAACUAUACAGCUUGUCGGUAGUCACUCUGGAGAAAGCGCUUGAGAUAAAUAGAAUAUCAGCAAAGGUCGGCGACAACGUGGAAAUUCGCUGCGACGUUAGUGGCAAUCCACCUCCUCCGAUCGUUUGGAAACGAUAUUCCGCCGAUCUAACGACCCUUGGCGACGAAGACUUGAGGGUUUUCAGCGACGGGUCGCUGUAUCUCACCAAAAUACAAUUGGUCCACGCCGGGAAUUACACGUGCAGAGCUCUGAGAAACUCGGAGGUGACUCAGACGCACGUGUUGACUGUCCACACUUUACCCGAAGUUAAAGUCACGCCCAGAAUCCAAUCACGAAGACCAAGCGAAAAGACUUCCAUGUUUUGUCACGUAAUCGGAGAACCUUUCCCUGAGGUGGUUUGGCUGAAAAACGAAGAGCGUUUAAAAUUGGACAUGGUGCACAAGUACAGAGUGGUCGGCAACGGAACCGAACUGAGCAUUGAUAAUAUCGAUUACGCGGACACCGGAGCGUACAUGUGCCAGGCAUCGAACACCGGUGGAGUCACCAGAGACAUAUCGUCACUAAUCGUUCAAGAAAUUUUGACGCCUAGUGAGUUUGCUGCGCCGAAGGAAGAACGCCGGUUUUUCGCUUUUCACGACUGGGGUGUGUCUGUUUACGARCCCACCGCUUGCCGGCUAUACCAUCAAAUUCAGUCCACGGACAUCAUACCAGGAACUCAGGAAUACGUGUGCGGCGACAAAGGUGUCAACUGCAGCUGGGGUCAGGCUAUCAACGUGGCCAACCGUUACGUUUACGUGUCGCAGCCGCUCAAAGACAGAGUGUUGGUCAUCAGCAAGAUUCAGAUGGUCGUCGUCGACGUCGUAAUCACGGACAAAUAUCCAGUGGCUUUGCACUACGUAGCUCAUCUAGAUCAAGUGUGGGUGUUGAAUUGGAGGAGCGUGUACGACGACGGCGUGAAGACGAUUCAGGUGAUUAGAGAUGCGUCGCAAAAGCGAAAACACCACACUGUCCACCCGGAACCGAUAGACGGUCAAUUCGAUUUGGUUAGAAAUUUGUUCAUGCCCACGGCACAGGACCUGAGCCACUGGUUCAAGUACGGUUACGUGAGCCACUCUAACCAAAGAGGACUUUACAAACUGGAUUUGGCCAACAUGCGAUACAUCAGAAGUAUAGAUCUGUCACCGUACAACUGUGUACCCCGCAACCUGCAAUUUUCGUCAUUGUACGGUUUUGUCAUCAUCGAGUGCGAAGAACCGGGAACCGGACACGCAACGGGUCAGGUGAUCUUAGAUUAUUUGACGGACACAGUAGUCAACAAGAAGGCUUCGGUCAGAGGAAGUCCUUUGGUUUCACCGGACAGCAGAGUCGUCGUGUCCAUCGACAAGGCCGCCGACGGUAUUACCUUGGUCGUCCAACAAGUUUUAGAAUCUGGCCUCAAAUUUUCGUUUGACGUCAAAACCACUCUAAUGAUUAGUGACAUAGCGUUCUACCCUUCACGAACCACACACGGGUAUGAUUUAUACGCCAGCGCCGCUGACAAAGAAGAUAUACUGUUUCUGAAUCUAUCUAACGGUAAAGUGGAAAUGAUCACCGGCGUGGGCAAGGCCAUGCUUCAGUCGUUGACGCAAUGGGGUAACCCUAACCGUCCAAUAGCCGCGUCCGGUAUCUUCGGUCACUACAUGGUUACACCAGCCGAUGAAGCGCUGUUCGUGAUCAACGGUGAGACCAGGACGGUGAACUGCGAGAUCGGCGGUCUGGUGCAUCCCAGACUAGUCACGUGGGUCACCAUGCAGUUACAGUGAACACAAACAGAAGACAGAACUUAGAGUUGAAAGAAAAAAAAUCGCGUUGUUAUUGGUUAUUAUUAUUAUUAUUAUUACUAUUGUUGAUGCCGUCAUUAUCUCAUUCUUUCUCAUUUUAUCGCUACAGGAUGAUAUAAUAAUAUCAUCGUCCCGUCGCGUGUUGCUUUUUAACAUAUUUUUCGUUUCAUUGAGUUUUGUUUGUCAUGACUUACAUACUUCGCACAUUCUAUAGCGGAUUAGGCGUGCCUGCGUUAAGUUUAAAUAUUUAAAUGGUUAUUUCAUAAUAUUACAUUAUAUUAUAAAAUAAAACAAUGAUAAUAAUAUUAUGAUAUAAUAUAGCAAUGAACUGAGCGUGGCUGCGGUCGAAUGUCGUUUGRACACUUUUUACGUUAUUUGAACAAAAUGACUAAGAUGCAUAGUAUAAUACGCUUAUUUUUUCGUGGUUUUUCGUAAUACAUAUUCAUCUGGCUAACGAGUCAGAGUUCGCAACUAGGCCAUUUUUAUUAUUAUUAUUUUCCAAACUAUAAUAAAACUGACGGGUUUCGUCGUUUCAGUCAUUUUCUUGACUCCGAGCCAAAUAAUAAUAUAUUAAUUUAUAUUAUUACUACUUCUUCGUCGUUGUCGUCUUUGAGAUUGUCCAACGCCCAGACGAUAAUAUGCUCGUAUAUUGAUAAUGUGACUAUAACAUAUUGCGAAUAUCGGAGUAUAGGAGCGUGUGACGGUAAUAUUUUACUACGCACCAAUAAUGGAUACGUUUUUUUUUCGUCACGUGUAUAGAUACAUUAUCAGUGAUGAUACCAUUCUAUAAUGAUGUAUAUAUAUAUAUAUAUAUAUAUUCAUUCGACUCGCGAUAUAUCCUUCUAAACGGCCUAGUUCGCGACCCGACACAAGAAGGCGCUUAAAAAAUCAAAAAACAAUAUACAUACGUAGAAACCAUCGUAAAAGUGAGGGACGUUUCGGAUCAACAGCCAAUGCUUCAAAUAUAUUCACAUAAUAAUAAUAUUAAUAUUAUAUUUUCGUUUAGUUUAUCAUAAUAUUAGUGUGUCGUGUGUGGAUU